ACAUCGUGAGGUUCUCUCUCUCACAUACUAAAAGAAAGGGGUUGGUGUUUACUUUCUCUGCUCUCCUGUCUCAUUGCUGCAGGAGUGCAGAUCUGAGAGCCUCCCCACGACUAGCAGCGGUGAUGGAUCUGAGCUCCUCCAGAUCGAUCUUCGGCGGAUCUGUAGGAAAGCUCGCACCUUUGGCCAUUUCCCUCCUGUUCUUCCUGGUCUUGGCCGCUCUGAUCCCAUCCACAGAGGCUUAUGAUUCACUGGAUCCAAAUGGAAAUAUAACAAUCAAAUGGGAUAUUAUGCAAUGGACACCAGAUGGUUAUGUUGCUGUUGUUACGAUGUUCAAUUUCCAGCAAUAUCGUCACAUCCAAGCACCUGGGUGGACUCUUGGGUGGACCUGGGCAAAGAAGGAAGUCAUCUGGUCUAUGGUAGGAGCCCAGACCACGGAGCAAGGUGAUUGCUCAAGGUUUAAGGGGAACACUCCGCACUGCUGUAAGAAGGAUCCGACAGUUGUGGAUCUACUUCCUGGAACUCCAUACAACCAGCAAAUAGCCAAUUGUUGCAAAGGAGGAGUGAUUAAUUCAUGGGUUCAGGAUCCAGCUAAUGCUGCAAGUUCAUUCCAGGUCAGUGUUGGUGCAGCAGGAACCACCAACAAGACCGUGCGUGUGCCGAAAAACUUCACCUUGAGGGCUCCAGGACCUGGGUAUACAUGUGGAAUAGCAAAAAUUGUAAAGCCCACUAAAUUUGUUACACAAGAUGGAAGGAGAACAACCCAAGCUCUGAUGACGUGGAAUGUUACAUGUACAUAUUCCCAAUUUCUUGCUCAGAAGACACCUACUUGCUGUGUAUCACUUUCAUCUUUCUAUAACGACACGAUUGUUAACUGUCCGACAUGCACUUGUGGGUGCCAGAACAAUGCAACUCAGCCGGGAAGCUGCGUGGAAGGAGAUUCACCUUAUUUAGCUUCCGCGGUCAAUGGUCCUGGCAAAAACAGCUUCACACCGCUGGUCCAGUGUACAUCACAUAUGUGCCCCGUAAGAGUGCAUUGGCACGUUAAACUUAACUACAAGGAAUACUGGCGCGUGAAGAUUGCAAUAACAAAUUUCAACUACCGGAUGAAUUAUACGCAGUGGAACCUUGUCAUCCAGCAUCCGAAUCUUGACAAUCUCACUCAACUCUUUAGCUUCAAUUACAAGUCGUUGACACCAUAUGGGGGAAUAAAUGAUACUGCAAUGCUAUGGGGUGUCAAGUACUACAAUGACUUGCUCAUGGAAGCUGGACCUUAUGGAAAUGUACAGUCGGAACUUCUAUUCAAGAAGGAUCCAUCAACUUUUACUUUCGAAAAGGGAUGGGCCUUUCCACGGCGCAUCUACUUCAACGGCGACAACUGUGUCAUGCCUCCGCCAGACUCAUAUCCGUGGUUACCAAAUGCCGCCUCGCAGUUGAUGAGCACCUCGACGAUGACCCUUCUUACUGCUUUGUCUUGGUUGCUAAUCUACUGUGUCUAGGAAGUUCUUCAGGUUUGCUCGGAAUUUUUAUUUAUAUGUAAACACAUUUCAGCUUCUGGAAUUUGGACAAAGCUAAGGAUCAGUCUCUCUUACACCAAAGGAAUCUUAAAUGUUGUAAAUUGGUAUUUUGAACAUUUCUUUACCAAUGUUGUGCUUAAAUUCUUGUAAUGUUGUUGUCAUUUAUGUCACAACCUUAUUUGUAAAAGGAUAGACAGACACCCAUGAUAAUUUAUAUUUGUCAAAAUCCUUAAAAAGAUA